AAUUCGAAAAUUAUUUGAUAUUUUUUUUGUUUUUGUUUCAUUUCUUCUUUGAAACAUUAUAUGUUUCGAAAAAAUAUUCUAAAUUACAACAAUUCUGUAUCUUGCAAAAAUUCAAGACCAACUGCUACCAAGGUCCAACACAGCAAUUUCCAAAAAAAAGAAGAGAAAUCGCCACAAUAUGUUUAGCGACUAUGAUAAUCGUAAAUAUGCCUCUAAUGGCGCUUGUGCUGAUGGACAACGUUUAAGGGACAUGGAACAGUUCACCCUACCCUCGUGUGAUCAAUGGCAGUCGUCGAUCGAUUUCAUGCUUUGGCCGCCAGGCAGUUGCGAGUACGGCUGUCACGUGGGAAUGUGUCCCAACACGCAGCCACAAAGAGACGAUUGUGACACCUACAAAAAUCGGAAUCUACCCAGAUCACCAUGGUCGGCCACAGUCCCGUGUCACAGUGCAACCACUAAAAAUCUCUCGUACUGUCGACCCUGUGCAAAACCGAACCGCUGCAUGCGACGCAAUCUUACUUCUCCAGAGAAUCCUUUGGAAUGGAAUCCCACAUUAGAGUUUCGUCAAAAGGAUCUUCCUCUACAGACACCGGUGUGGAGGCCGAAUGGACCAAUGCAACGAUUUUCCGAGAAGCUUUAACGAACUUGAGAAAUUACUUAUCGGUGACUACAAGGCAUAACUGUUCAAAUCGGUUGAAGAAUGAAUGCUCUUUAGACGUUGCUUUGGUCUCAGCUUUUGCUAAAAUAACAAAAAAAUCUGGGAUGCUGAAAUCUGAUACCAGAAACAAUGAAGGAGGCAUAGUUCAAUUCCGUCUUAAUCCGAUUUUUUUCACUAUUGCCUUAAAGUCAUUGUUAUGCACAUGUAUAUUUCUACGUUGAAUUUGGACCUAAUAAACUAAUGAGAUGUAAGCAAACAAAAAUAUACUAACCAAUAAAAAGUACCGUUUAAAAAAAAAUUAAAAA